AUGGCUUCCACACGACCACAAAAUAUCGGAAUCAAAGCCGUAGAAAUCUACUUUCCUCAGCAAUGUGUCGAACAAUCUGAACUUGAGAAGUUCGAUGGCGUUGCUGCUGGCAAAUAUACAAUUGGCCUCGGCCAGACUCGAAUGAGCUUCUGCGACGAUCGAGAAGACAUCUACUCCAUCGCCCUCACCACGUUGUCCUCUCUCUUCAAGAAGUACUCAAUUGACCCAGCCAACAUUGGAAGAUUGGAGGUUGGCACUGAGACCAUGUUGGACAAGAGCAAGUCAGUGAAGAGUGUGCUCAUGCAACUGUUCGAAUCAUCGGGGAAUUAUAGCACUGAAGGGAUUGAUACCGUCAACGCCUGCUACGGCGGCACCAAUGCAGUCUUCAACUCCAUCAACUGGGUCGAGUCUUCAGCUUGGGAUGGCAGAGAUGCAGUCGUAGUAGCAGGUGAUAUCGCUCUUUACAAGAAAGGCAAUGCUAGACCAACUGGAGGCGCUGGCUGCGUUGCCAUGUUGAUUGGUCCUGAUGCGCCGUUGGUUUUUGAGCCCGGUCUACGAGGAACAUACAUAAGACACGCAUACGAUUUCUACAAGCCUGAUCUGACGAGCGAGUAUCCCUAUGUGGAUGGUCAAUUGUCCCUUCAGUGCUACACAGAGGCGGUCGAUAAGACCUAUGCUGCUCUGAAUGAGAGGGAAAAGAAGAUGAAGGCACAAUUGAAUGGUCACGCGAACGGGAACGGUGUCAAGGAAGGCGAUGAGCAGAAGACCCCAAUGGAUCGAUUCGACUACAUGGCUUUCCAUGCACCUACUUGCAAGCUCGUCAGCAAAUCCUAUGCUCGCUUGCUUUACAAUGACUACCUCAACGAUCCGGAGAACCCAGUCUUCAAAGACGUUCCAUCAGAACUUCGGAACUUGGAGUACCAGGCCUCUCUUACAGACAAAACUGUCGAGAAGACAUUCAUGGCUAUGACCAAGAAGAGAUUCGCUCAGCGUGUGCAACCUGCUAUUCAAGUCGCUACCAUGUGCGGCAACAUGUAUUGCGGGUCAGUCUGGGGUGGUCUUGUCGGCCUACUCAGCUACAUUGAACCUUCGGCCCUCCAGGGUUCACGCGUGGGCCUCUUGAGCUAUGGCAGUGGUCUUGCAAGCAGUAUGCUGUCGAUGAAGGUCGUUGGUGAUGUCUCGGAAAUGCGCCAGAAGCUGAACCUACAAGAGCGUCUAGAGCAGAGAAAGGUGGUUCCUCCAGAGACAUAUGAUGAUAUGUGUUUACUGAGAGAGAAGGCACAUCUCCAGAAGGACUUCAAGCCCGCCGGAAGCAUCGAAGACUUGCUGCCAGGCACAUACUACCUGACAUUCGUGGACUCCAUGUUUCGACGUGAAUAUGCGGUCAAGGGAGAAGAGAAGCAGUGA